AUGGACGACCUUGUAUAUGUGGCGGAGCUGACUCCGGAUACCCCGCAAGUGACUGCAGCCUUCAGCGAAGCGUUCCUGUAUGCUGAGCUCCACACAGCAGUUUUGUCAUGGACACAAGCGAACAAAAACGCACAAUGGUUGAUCGAGGUGUGUCCUCGUGCGGGACAGGGGUCUUAUGCGAUAUGUCGGUUAACUCCGGAUUAUGCGGAGAGCGAAUUAAGUUGUGUAGUGUUGCCUGGAAGUGAGGUGCGGUUGUUAAGCGUGAAUGAGGAUGCAUAUGCUGCUCGCGGAGUGGUGGUACAUUUGAGUGGAGAUUUGACACCGGGUUCUGGUGAGUCUGCGUCGUCGUUUUACGGAGUGAAUUGUGUUAAGAAUCAGCCUUGGAGGAUCCGUCCGGAAGUGGAAUUUUUCGAGACAGUGAGCAUCGUCUUGAGGGAGCCGGAGCUUCUGGCGGCGGGUAAUCGGGCUUACGUCCAGCUUUAUAAGAAGGGCAAGUGGUACAACAUUGCUUGUAUUCCGUGCCACACCAUGUCUGUCUUACUGACCAAUAAGCUCUUCGUCGGUGGUGACCGUGUCCAAGUCGUUGUUGAAGGACCUGGCAAAUACAAAAACUUCCGCUGGGACGCCGUCGCUGUGCUAGACAGCCCUGCGGAAAAUGCUGACGCUGAUUCAGCCAGCGAAGCCGUGGAAGAACAGAUCCAUACUGAAGAAGAACAAGUAGAGGAAUUGCUAUCCGAACAAGCGCCAUCGGAACCCGACACCAGUGAGGCGGAGGCGAUCCAAGCAGAAGUUACGGGGGUGAUCGAGGCGGAGGCGGACCUCCAGACGCAGGUGCAGCUCCAGAUAGAGGCGGAACCGCAGACAGAAGCGGAACCGCAGGCAGAGGCGGGAUCGCAGGCAGAGGCGGGAUCGCAGACAGAGGCAGAACCGCAAACAGAGAUCGUCGUGGAAACUGCGCGCGAUCAGCCAGCUCCGCCGAGCCCCGCCAAGGCAGAUGAACUUACUGUGAUGGUCAUUGAGGAGGAUCCCUCAAAAUCCAGCGAAGAAGACCAAAGCAGCGAGGAGGAACCAGUCACUAGUCAGGAAGGUGGUGAGUCGCCCACAGCUCAGUCUCCCACAGCUCAGUCUCCCACAGCUCAGUCACCAGCUGGGGUGGAAUCUCUGACGCCCAGCGAGGCUGAACUCGAAACCGAGGUUCUCGAUAUUGAGGAUGACGAGGAGAACAACGCCGAAAAAGCGCUCGGAGAACAGCGCCGGACUUCGGGAGAAGUGCCGGCUGAAGAACGCAAAGUUUCCGGAGACCGACGCAAAAGUUCCGGAGCCGACCGUCAGAGUCUGACUGACAGCCCUGUGGCAGAGGACAGCCCUGUGGCAGAGCAUGGCCCUGUGGCAGAGCAUAGCCCUGUGGCAGAGCAUAGCCCUGUGGCAGAGCAUAGCCCUGUGGCAGAGCAUAGCCCUGUGGCAGAGGAUAGCCAUGUGGCUGAGGAAAUGGCUCCGGCGGAUGCGCAGGAGGAGGCUGAAGGGAGCAGCAAGAACCGGCGAUUGAAGAGUACUCUCAAGACGCGGGUGAAGACGAAGAGUUCAAAGCCGGCAAGCAAGAUUGAUGUGCGCUCUCCGCAGAAAGGCAAGUUGAGCAAGAGCGAGAGGGCCAAGGGUGAAGACCACAAGGGUGAAGAUCACCAUAAGGGUGAUGGCGAAAGUAGAGGAUCUAAGGGUGAGGGGAAAAAAAGGAAAAAGGAUGAUACGGCCGUGGUGAUAGAGGUGGAGUCGGCAGGGGGUCCGUCCGGUAGUGGUUCGGACGGAGGAGAGAAUGUAGCGGUUUCUUCUGACCCGGAGAGACGGGCCGGCGAGAAGCGGAGGAAGACGUCCAAGGUUCCAAGAUCUUCCAAGAGCAAGGAAGCGUCGUCAUCGUGCUCGGAUGUGGAGGUCGUUCAAGAAGCUGCCCGGUCCACCAAAAGCAAGUCUUUGCACAAGGUUAUCAAAUCACAAAACAAAUCGCACGGCAAGACAGAAGGCAAAUCUGCGCGCGGGGCGUCGCCCACGUCUUCGCCUGCUGCGUCCCCGACGACCAAGGCUGCCAAAGUGGCUCGCAUGACCGGACCGAGACGGAGCGAGGCGGAGAAUAAAUAUGUAAGCGAACUGAAAAAAAUUCUGGCUGCACAAGGACCCUGCAGACUCUCCAUGCUCGGUUCCAAGGUCAAGAAGCCAGCCACAGUGACCAAAGUGAUUGAUUUCCUCCGGCGCUCGUGUCCAGAAUUCGAAAUCGUCAACACAGACGUGGUUCGACUUGCGGGCAAGAAAUAA